CAUCUUCUUCAACUUCAAACUUCACAAUACACACUAUUCACUAUUCACAAGAAAGCAAAAGAGUUUAACUUCUCCAAUCAAACAAGAAAAAAAGAUGGGUUCAACGAGCAAAGCAUGGUUAGUAGCUGCAAGCAUUGGAGCCUUGGAAGCGUCCAAGGAUCAAUUAGGCUUAUGCCGGUGGAACUACUUGAUCAGAUCUGUGAAUCAACGUAUCAAGAACAACGUAAGAUCCGCUUCUCAGACCAACAGAUUCUCUUCUUCGUCGACUACCACCGCCGUUGUUGUAGCUUCCGUUAAGGAUGACGUUAAGGCGAAGCAAGCUGAGGAGUCUCUUAGGACGGUUAUGUAUUUGAGCUGAUGGGGUCCUAUCUAAGACAGGAACUCUUUUUAGCACUGUUUUUGCUAUGCAAAUUAUAUGACAGGAUUCGUUGUCUAUUAGAUGGAUGCAAAAUGAUAAAUUGUACAUAUUCUUCAUAUUUCUAAAAGAAUAUGAAUUUGGGAUACUGCUAUAAAGUUUUAUCAUGUGUAUAUACAACUUAAAGGUUUUUACUA